UGUACCCUCACUGGGCGGCCACAAACGAGGGGAAGGCGGGACAAGCUGCUCGUCGCACUCCUCACACCCACUCCACUCGGGCGACUAACUGUACGCAGGCAAUUUAGAAAUAAGAAAAAAGUGGUCAGGUUCAUAAAAUAUACGUCUGAGUCACUAAUCUCUCACUAGCAAACGAGAGAAAAUGGAGAGGUUAUUGAGUGCUUGAAUAUUUGUGAUUUUUGUUGUCCGCUUGGUUAUUACAUCAGGGAGUGGUCUUUGAUAAAUAGAACUGGGUUGAUUAAAGCUAGGGAGUGAUAUUGACUGGCAGAUACUGGAAGUUUGUGUUGGGGAAGGAGAACAGCGGGACCUCAGCGACCAGUGAGCCAGCGGGUGCGAGGAAAGGAGCAUGCAGGCUUUGGCGUGCUUCGUGCUACUGGGUGUGGUGGCCUUCGGGGCCGCAGUGCCUAUGGGGUGCCCGCGGGAGUGCACCUGUCAAGAGGCGCCACUUAGAGCUGCGUCCUUCGUGCUCACCUGGAUGACGUCAUGGGGAGAGGAUGACCUGCCGGAAAUCCACCCCAACGAGGUUGGCGAACCUGGUGACCUUGUCAACUCCCAGACGGCGGCCAGCGCAGGCGUUGACGUGGACGUGGUAGGACUCCACGCCACUUGUGCCCUUACACGAGACACCAACCUCACCUCCCUCCUGCACGCCCUGCCCUCCAGCAGCAUGGUAUUGACGCUACUACAGGCAGCGGGAAGCGACCUGACGGUGGUGGAGGCGCAUCACUUGAGACCUUUGGCGAAGCUACAGGCGCUGCAUCUCCAAGGCUACGCUAGACGAGAGACGGUGCAGGUCUCUGGCUACUUCUCCAAUCGAGUGGAGGAGAUGGUGGAGCACAAAAAACUGUCAGCGAAGGAGGAGGAAGAAAAGGAACAGGAUUUGCGGUUGGCCCUGUCUGAGGAUGCCCUGACUCCUCUAGCAGGUCUGCAGCUACUUGACCUGCAAUACGUCCGCCUGGUGGCCGCCGUGGAGGGUGGGCGGCUGAGGAGGGACAUCGAGCCGCUCUCCACCACCACUGUGCUUGACAUGCACCUGCCACACUUCCUUGCCAUAGCUAAACAACUGGAAGAUUUAGAUAUUCCUUCAGAGGUGUUGUCGAAGCUGCCACUGCCGCCGUCGACUGAUGAAGAAAGUUCGGAAGUAGAUAUUGUGGUGCUGGAAGAGGCUUCGGACGAAGUGGUGCCUUAUGACGUGUUCAAGACAGAAAACAAAGUGGUUCUAGCUCCCUUCUUGGGUCAGACCAACCUGAAAUAUCUCCGUCUGGCUCACGCAAAGCUGGAUCGAGUGGGACCUGAACUGUUGACGGGGCUCUCUGGCCUCCAUACCCUCACACUUGAGCACAACCACAUCAAGGUGCUUCCCGCUGCCAUGUUUGCCCCCACCCCGCACCUGCACCACCUCUCCCUGGCUCACAACAACAUCCUCACACUGGAGGGAGACAGUCUGGCAGGCCUCGAUGAACUGCUCACCCUUGACCUCGACAGCAACAAACUAGACAGGAUCGGACCCGGCAGCUUUCCACGCCUCCCGAACAUAGCUACUCUUCGACUCCUUGAAAACCCCAUUGAACACGUGUUCCCAUUCACUUUCACAAGUGUAAACUCCACGGAAACGCUGUUGUUAGGCGCCCGGGAUGUAGCCGCCGAGAUUCACGUGGAUACAUUCAGAGAGCUCAUUAACUUGAAGGUCCUCCAGAUUGAGAACACCUCCUUGCCCUCGCUGAGUCGCGCCCUGCUUGAAGGCAUGCCUACCCUCAGAGAACUGACUAUUCACGGCCAUGUCCCUUCCAUUGACUUCGACGCCUUCACGUCCACCCCUGACCUUGACUCCCUGAACCUGGAUCAUUGUCAUCUGACGAAAUUGUCGCUCGAUGCCUUCUUCGGCCUUAAUAAACUGCGUUACCUCGACUUGAGCCACAACGACCUGAAUGAGCUUUCUCCUGGAACUUUCGACCACUUGGCCAGCCUGAGGGAGCUGUAUCUAAAUAACAACAACUUAACCACCCUGCCACCUGCCAUCUUCCUUCCUUUGCCCGCCAAGCUCAUCCAAGUGCACCAAAACCCGUGGCACUGCACCUGCGACCUUCUACAGAUGCGGCCCGCGCUAACAAAUAAGGUGCGGGCGAGGGGCUACACCACAUGUCGCUUCUUAGAGCGCUCGGGAAUGGUGUGCAGCCAGCCAGACCCUCCUCGCCUCCGCUACGAUUCCAGAGUAGCUCCACUCUGUGCCACACCUGAACAUCACCGCCACAGAAGUGUCUUCAAGGUCACCGCCCGCCGCCUCAAGUGUCCAAGGCAUGUGUGGGACCCGCGGCCGCCACUGCGCCCCACCCCCAGUCUUCCAGUUGAGAUACCAGAGCCAAAAGUGAACCUUGUAAAGUUGGAAACUUCAGUUAUGAUGGAAGAACGCAGUUGGAUUCCGCUCAUUGACUUCUCUGCUCCUCCCCACGAAGCAAAGGAUUUGUUAGAGAUCGCAGAAGCUGAGAUGCCCGAGGGUGCUUACGCUCCACUCCCCGAGGAGGACGUGGUGGUGGAGGAGGUGGAGGUAGAGGUAGCGGUGGACGAGGAGACGGAGGAGAGGGGAGAGGAGGAAGAAGAACAAGAACAAGAACAAGCAGUGGAGAUUAUCGAGGAAACUGAGGUAAGCGAGAGAGAGGACAAUGAGGACGUUCUGACAGGAGACGAAGAUCUACAUCCCUUCGACGUGACCGCGAGGUUUGUCAGAAGGCAACAGGAGAGGUACAGGCAGGAGAAACAUGCGAUGAAGAGACAAAUAGCAGAGGAGCAGAAGAGGCGACUUGAAGCCCUACACGCCCUCAAACAAAGACACUGGAGAAGACUGGCGGACGAUAAACGAAAGUUCAAGGCACAAAUGGCAGCAGAGCGACAGAGGCAAAUGGAGAACAGGGAAAGUGCAAUGAAGGAAUUCGUGAAGGAACAACAGUUACGUGCUAUAGAGAUAGUUUAAUGGCUUCACACCGGUCCCCUUUUAAUCGUACACCUGUCAUGGACCACUCAUCUAUCGGCCCACUUACAAAGCAAUUAAUAUGUCAUCAAAACACAACCUCUUUCUACCUUCUUCCAGCUUACUUCCUUUCAGGAACUUCCUUUCAUUUUUUCCACUCCGCUUUUUUUCAUCUUAUAUCGAAAACGAGGAAUACUCAUCUUUUGUUACUAUAUCUAUGUAUAUUGUAGAGAAUAUUUUUGAAAUGUUAUGAACCUAUGAUGUAAAUCGCGUUUUCGUCGAGCAGUAGUACACACUGUAAGUCAGAAGUUUAUGACUGGAGAAAAUUCAGUGAACUAAAGAAGUUUACUAUUUUUUGUAUGAAAAAGGAAAAUAUUUUAAUGAUAUAACAACUUUUAUCAGUAAUGCUGUAUAUUAUUAUUUUUUUUUUAAGUAUGAUGGGAAAUAUAAGUUAGCUAGUGGGAUAUUUUUGCACAUUUGGUCGUAAUAAAAACUAAUAAGA